AUGAGUGAUUUCACCCUGGGUUCUCUCAACCUAUUUUCAAAAAGUAAUUUUGUACCGGUUAUCAAUGAGCCAUCUGUCGAUGCUUAUAUCAGCGCUGUCAGACAGGGAAUUUCUGAGCUCAGGUUAUCCUCUACGGGGAAGCCGGAUUUCAGAUACCCCAAUCUGACUACCGCUGAGAUAGAAGCCUUGGAGUCCCUCAGAUCCGACCCCACCCUCACUCUUAAACCGGCUGACAAGGGGGGUGCGGUCGUGGUGAUGGAUACCACCAAAUAUGUACAUGAAAUCAUGCGACAACUGAAUGACCCACAGGUGUAUAGGAUUUUAGAUUCUGACCCUAAAUUCAUGAUAGCGGACAUCAUCCGCCGAUGUCUCAGGGAGGCCUUGUCCGCAGGCAUUAUCGAUGGGGGUCUUAGUGAUUUUCUUGAGGUAGCACAUCCGGUCACUCCUGUGAUUUAUGUGCUGCCCAAGAUUCACAAGACCCUCAUCGAUCCUCCGGGACGACCUAUCGUCUCGGGUUCCGACUCCAUCUUCAGCGGCAUAGCUUUCACCCUCAUCCAUUCUCGAACUGAGAUCCAGUUCUUGGAUACACGAGUAGUGUUCAACGAGGGUGUGUUGCAAACUGAGUUGUACACAAAACCUACUGAUACCAACACGUUUUUGUGCUACAACAGCUCACACCCUCGGAGAAUGAUCCGGUCGCUGCCCUUCUCCCAAUUUCUCCGCGUCAAGCGUGUUGUGUCGGAUGAGAACAAACUUGAUGCGACUCUGAAUUCCAUGGCUGUCAAGUUCCAAGAUAGGGAUUGGUGUUACACAGAAGAGUCCUGUGGUCCUACUACAUGGACAUCAUUGGGUUCCUGUAAUGGAUCAAAUCAGUCGCCAAUAGAUAUCCCAGUGGUCUCUGUUCAGUUCAAUGGAAGUCUGGGCCAAUUUGUGUUCACUAACUACAGUAGAAAGGAUGCCUUGAAGACCAUGAGCAACACUGGACACACAGUUGAAAUUGCCAUUGGUGACGGAGUCUCAAUAUCUGGUGCGGGCCUCCCUGCAAUUUACAUAGCUACUGCAUUUCAUUUUCACUGGGGAGUUGGCACAUCAGGCUCUGAACACAGGCUGUCUGGAAGGCAGUAUGCGAUGGAGAUGCACGUUGUUCACACAAAGGGUGGAAUUCAACUGUCAGAAGCUAAACUCGACCCAAGUGGAAUUGCAGUUCUAGGAUUCUUUAUUGAUGUGAUGGACUCAGCUAAUACAUCACAACUAGCCGUUCUGUCUGACCUACUGGGUGAAGUGUCCACUCCUGGAACAACUCUGCAGCUGAAUUCCAGCUUAUCUCUGACUGAUCUGCUGGGAAAUGUCAAUCUGACAAUGUACUACCGCUACAAGGGCUCACUCACCACUCCCACGUGCAACGAGGUUGUGCUAUGGACCAUCUUUACAGAUCCAAUAACUGUCCCCUCCAAAGUGGUAAAAGCGUUCUCAUCUGCUGUAAAACACGUCUCAGGAAAUCUACAGACAAUGCUAAAUAAUUUUCGUCCUCCACAACCUCUUAAUGGGAGAACAGUGCAGGCCUCAUUCCCAAUUCUAAUUCCACUGUCUCCAAACAGUACAGCAGCAUCAAAUGUGACCGCCGUCUCCAACUCCCAUGUCACACUACAGUCCAGCAUGGUGCUCCACAUGUCGAUGUUACUGGUUUAUUGUCUGACGAGAUUCUAGAUUUUGCCGACAUGAUCCAACCAGAUCUCCACUUUCUAAUCCAGGCUAUAUAAAAUAAAGUGGAAUAUUGUUGAUUGAGACGGGUAAGGUUCUGUUCACAUCUUGUUUUUUCCCAUGCAUCUGAGGUAUAAGUUGGGAAAUUACUGUAAUGUUAUAUACCAAAAGCAUGGCCCCAACAUACGUCAUCGUAUGCCACCCAGACUCUUAUUGUAAAUGGAAAGCUGCUUUUUCUUGCAGCAGGUGACAUACUUUAUGCAUGUUAUGCACACCCGGUGGAGAUGAGAACAUAGCCUUGACUGGUCCACAUGCUCUGCACUGAUUAUACAUGAGGCCAGCUAAAUUUAACACGUGUAUGCCAAUAAAUGUAUACAUACAUGCUGCCAGUGGAUUCUCUUC